ACACACGACCCCACGUCUCACCCGGAACCCACACAUUACAAGUGUUAGUGUCCCCCCAACUCUGAAGCCACGACCCUCAAUCAUAAUCCAGGGUUUUAGAAUUCACGCAAAACCCUAGUCUUCCACCCAUGGCUGAAGAGGCCGCACCGGAGGUCAUUGAUCCCAACACUCCCGUCGCCACCGUUGACAUGGACGUCGAGUCUGCCGAAAACGGCGCCGAUCCCAACCCGAAGCGUGCCAGGGAGGAAGAGGAUUCCCACGACGACGACGUUUCGAAGAAGCAGAAGGUCGAUGACGACAAGUCAGUGGAAGAACAACGAUUAGAGAAACUGGAGCAAACCGAAGAAGAAAAAUUAAAGGAAGAAGAAGGGAAGGAAGAGUGUGAUUCUGUGAAGUUGGGACCCAAGAGCUUUGGGUCUUCCACGGAGAUGUUCAAUUACUUCUACAACUUUCUUCAUGCUUGGCCUCAAUAUCUCAAUGUUAACAAGUAUGAAUAUAUCAUGUUGUUGGAAUUGCUUAAGAAAGGCCAUGCAGAGCCUGAAAAAAAGAUUGGUGGAGAUAUUCGUGCUUUCCAAAUCCGCAAGCAUCCUACCUUCAAAAGCAUGUGCUUUUUCCUCAUCAGGGAGGAUGGCUCUGUUGAUGAUUUUAGCUUCAGAAAGUGUGUGGAUCAUAUUCUUCCCUUACCAGAAGAGAUGCAUUUGAAAUCUGAUGCGAACAGGGCAUUAAGUGGUGGUGGAGGAAAGCAUUAUGGAGGAAAGGGUGGCAGAGGGAAGAGUGGAAGAGGAGGCGGGCAUGGUCAUGGGAAAGGUGGAAGGUGGAGACAUUAAAUACAGUAGUUGCUGCAGGUAUGAGUUUUAUUCUGAGAUUUAAAAUGUUUUUUGUAUAUUUGGUUGGCAUGUUUCCAGCUAAUAACUUUAUAAUUCAGAUUUUGAUGUUAUUUAUAAUUUGUGAACUAUUUGGGUUAUACCAUGACUCAUUUUGAUUAUGGCUUGAAACGAACUGAGCCAAACUUAGCUAUAAUGAAUUAGUUUGUCUUGCAU